UAAAGUAUUAAAUAAAUAUGAAUCAAAUUCAAAAUAUAUUUAAAAAUGCUCAAAUUAAUACAUAUUGUGUUCUACAAGCUAGGUUCAAAUCGAAAACUCACUGGGCGCAGUUAAGAAAGAAAACUGGCCCAAAAUACAAAGCUCUUAACCACUUCGAUGACUUUUACGGUUCAGUGUUCGGCAGUAAGUGGGAUUCGAUGAGAGAGGCGCUUUUGCGAAAAUCUAAGUAUGUUGCGCUCAUUAACAAUUAUGGCGAUCCUGAAGAAACUAUGGACUAUCUGGCGCAAAGAGGUGCACAUUGUCUCAAGAAUUUGAUGUCCAUUCAAAAGAAUUUUCAUGAUCAAUACACUCCUCAAAAAGAAACGGAGACUAAAAAUAAUCAGGACAAAAAUUUAGAUAAUUAUAUAUCAAAAUUACAAAAUGAGGACAUAGCAAAAAUAUACCCACAAGGAGAAAAUAUACCAGAAAAGUUAGAAUUUAGCAACAAUAAGAUAUUACAUGCAGAACAAAAGCAAAUGGAGAAUCCAGAAAUUUCAAAAUCAUAUACGCUAGACCAAGCUUUAGAACAAGCUCAAAUUGACGAUUCCCGUAUAAUACAUCCAUCUAUGGGUCUGUCUUCUGAAGCUCUAUACCAGUAUGUGCCGGCAACUAAGAUUAAAGGAUUAGAUGACUGGGUGCCGGAAUCAUUUCACUACUCAUUUUAUUCUAAGAGAGACACAGAUUUUCCCCUUAUUAUCGAACCUGAAACAGAAUUUGAAUUCCCUGAACAUUUAAAAGUGAUGACUUAUGAAAUGAACAGUGAAUAUGACAAAUUUCCCGAACCAAAGAGAUGUAAAACUGGAGUGUUCAACUACUACCCACUGGACGGUGCGAGCGUACUGGGAGUGCUGGCGAUGUGUCUGCGCGGCGGGGAGCGCGCGCUCGACCUGUGCGCCGCGCCCGGCGGCAAGGCGCUGGCGGCGCUGCAGACGCUGCUGCCCGACGUGCUCGUGUGCAACGACGCGUCCGUGUCGCGCUCCAACAGAAUAACUCGAAUAUUCAGCGACUACCUUAUGGAUUACGAGGUCGGGAACAAAUGGCAAGAACGCGUUUUAAUAACACGUGUCGAUGGCCGAAUAUUUACAGAUGAUCAAGGUUUUGAUACGGUUUUAGUCGACGUACCAUGCACUACAGACAGACAUUCAGUGACAGAGGACGAAAACAAUAUAUUCCGACCAGACCGUGUCAAAGAGAGAUUGAGAAUACCAGAAAUGCAGACUCAAUUACUCAUGAACGCCCUUCGCCUAGUUCGCGUGGGCGGGGCGGUGGUGUACAGCACGUGCUCGCUGAGCCCCGCCCAGAACGACGGCGUCGUGCGCGCCGCCUUGCAGCGAGCCUUCGGGGAGCACUCAGUAGUAGCUUCCAUCAGAGAUUUGACAAAACCAUUCAGUGCCCUGAGUAGUACGCUGCGCCUUGGUACAGGACAAGCGCGACCGAAGUAUGGACAACUUGUCGUCCCUGAUAUAGCAGCUAACUUCGGUCCUGCCUACAUAUCACGACUUGUUAGAAUAAAAUAAUUGAAAUAAAA